GUACGCAAAGAAGUUUUUGACUUGAUUGUGCACAAAAUUUAAUGUCUUUAUAAACAGUUCAUUAACUUGUAGUAUAUUUAUAAGUUUUGUAGGAAAAGAGUGUUUUAUAAGCAUUUCUCACUUUAAUAAGCUAUCGCAAUUAUAAAUUUUAAAUUAUUUGUGGUAUCGAUAUAAGAACGCCGUCGCUACUGAAUCAAAUUGUGCUAACAGAUAGUUUUUUUAAAGGUAUGUUUAUUUUUGAAAAUUCUAAUGGUGCUGAAAGAGAAGAAGAGUAAAAUGUCUUCAGAUCAACCGCUAAAGAAGAAACCAAAACGUGGGGAUGUAGCAAGCGGCAUAGACGAAACCGAUCUGAUUCAAAGUUUAUCAGAAAAUGGGGUGCAGACAAACUUACAAGCUCUUCAUCUUUCAGUGCCACUUAUUGUGAAUGAAGACGAUAUAACAUUGAAUACUGUUAACAUUCAGUAUAAUAAAAGACGGUUUAUAGUGAACAGUGACAGUGAGCUGGAAAAGAGUGUUAGUGAAUCUGAUCAAAAUGAUAGCGAGCUUGCUUCUUCAACAAGUACACAGUCGAAUAUAUCAAUACCUAACAUUAGUAGUAAUUAUCAGUCAAUAAUGCAAUAUUCUGACAGUAGCCAGGUUAGUUCUCCCAAUGAUAAUACCUUAGAUACCUUUCAACAACAACUUGUAAAACAGUGUUUAUGUGGUACUUCAGAAACAAUUUUACUCAAGCACUUAUCAACUAAUAAUGCUAACGAAACAAAUAUAGUCUUAUUAGAAUGGUCUGAUGUUGAAAUUUUACAAUUCUUGUCCAAUCUUCAACUGCUUUUUGAUGUAUACUUAAAACAAAAUAACAAAGGUUUCAUAUGUUCUAGAAUAAUUGCUAAUUGCGAACUUAUUAUUUAUAAUAGUUAUAAUUUAAUAGAGCAAAUUAUUGGUUUAUGUGACACUAGAAAUAAAUAUAUUUUAUAUUUGGCGGCUAGAGUGUUAAGCAGUUUUCUAGUGGCAGCUAAAACUAAUAUUAAUAAUGAAUGGCUUGAAACGAUUUUAAAUUAUUUAACAGAUGAAAAUAUAGAUUGCGCUAAGGUGAAUUUUGCUUUAGAUGUAAUAAAGCGGGUGGUCGAAUGGAAAGAUAUUGAGAUACAUGUACUUGAAGAAAGUGAAUCUGUAGAAAGUGCCGAAUCAAGUUCUUUGAAUACAGGUUGUGUUAGUGUGCCAUUUAGAGAUCCCGAAAGUUUUGAUACUUCUCCUAUUAAAGGAUUGAUUAUAAAGAGUUUAGAAUCUAGAUGGCCAGAUUUAAUUCAUAAAAUACAAAACUUUAUAGUCAGUAACACAUCGGUAGGUGUUCAAACAUGUGUUUUAACAUUUUUAACUCUUUGGGAACGCAUCAUUUCUGUAAGGGCAAAUUUAAGUGUUAUUGAUAUUAAACCAUUUUAUGCUCAUCUGGAAACAUUUGCAGCAAUGCUAAAUAGUGAUCUUCCACCACUUAUUUGGCGUCAUUUGUUGUCUUUGUUCAAUGAAGUUUUGUGCUAUGGAAGUACUUUAGCAUUACAAGAUAUGGUUCCAGAUGAGACAUGUCAAUUAGCUCAUUUAGUUUUUAGAUAUAUUAAGGAUUAUAGAUUAUUAGAUAGUUUGCCUUAUAAACAAGAACCAGGUAAUGUUGUGAAUAAUUUUGUCGGUUCUAUUCCAUCAGAAUCUUUACAAUCAAAUUUUGAUAAAACUUUAUUGCAAAAAAUUGUUCUUCUGGUAUUAAAAUCUAUAGCGGUAACGAUAAAAGAGACUAGAUCUGAUAGUUCUGAUUCAAGUGUAGGAUCAGAUGAUUAUGAUUUUUAUCAAGACAUGCAAGUCAUUGAACGUUCAAUAAGAGAUGUUUUGAAAAAAGUAGAUACAUUUAUUAAAACUGCCUUAGAUUUUCAUCCUGAAAUGCCAUUUUGUAAAGUUAUAGUACAUCUCUUUAAUGACCAAGAUAAUUACCUCAUUGAAUCGAUGGUUUGCACUCUUGACAUAACGGUUGGUAUCUCCUAUGGAAAUGUUGUGUUUUCUGAUUUAUUAGUUAUGUUAAAUCCUAUCCAUUCUUUUAUUGAAUUUUUAAAGAUUGUUAGCCAUGAUUCUGAUAUAUUAUUAGAUUAUUUAGUUGGUAGUGAAACAUGCUUUUUAUUAUAUCUCUUAAGAUUUUUAAAAUAUACAAGGAGAAACUGGUCUAAAUUUGUUAGCAGUUGUGGCGAAGGAUCCACAUCUCGUAGUAAUGAGUUGGAUGACAGUAUGGCAGUAUUAAUUCGACUAAAAAUGCAGAUUAAUAGGCUAGUAUCCAGAGAUCUUUUCCCCUACAACAUUAAUCCAAUAUUAAGACUUCUGACUGAUUGUGAGAAUCUCUAUGAUGGUAAUGAAUAUAGUUAAUUUCUUACCAAUUUGUGAUACGAUCACCUAUAAAAGUUUAUAUUAUAAAAUGUCUUUACCUCAAAUAUGAGUUUUAAAGGUUUUUUUUAUUAUCACUUAUACUUAAAUACUUUAAUUGGAAUAAAAAAUGUUUCUAUAGUUGUUAGACAAAUUCUCAAUAAUACAUUGUAAGUUUUAGUUAUAUACACACUGUACUAUAUUAACUAUAUUGAUAACUAUAAAUAAUAAAACUAAUGUAUUAAUCAUACUCUAUAAUAUAAGCCAUAUAAAAACUUAACAAAAAUACAUACUUAUUUUCUAGUAUGUCUUAAUCUUUCUAGUAUGUAUUUAUUUAUUCACAUUUAAGUCACUGCCAGUUACUGAAAAAAAAAUAUUGUAAAUUUAAAUGUACAUAUAUACUUCUGUUUCUCGAAAAUCUGAAGAUUUCCAUUAUAGCUAUUGUUAUGUCUGUACCUAAAAAGAUCUAUAAAGUUAUAAGAUUUUUUUAAUAGGCACAAUAUUUAUUUUAUAAAAGUUAUCAAAAUUCUAGUUAUACAAUGUAAACAGAUUGGUUAGAAGAUGGUGAAGUUCAUUUUCAGCAGAAAUAUUUAUAUAAACAGACAGUGUUUAAAGUGUUUUUUUCUGAUGUAAAGGAUAUCAGUCAAAAAAUAAAGGGAUACUCAUACAUUUUUUUAUAAAAAAAAUAAUUUAAUAAACUUCAUUACAUGAUGGAGUAUUUUAAUAUGGAAAAAUGUUUGAUUAGUUCAGGUUAGUUGUGUUCUUCAUAAUGUGACAAACAGGAUUUUUUUUUUAUUUUAUAGGAGUUUCCUAUUAUCACUCUGUAUAUCUCAAAUUUUUACCUUUAUGGUUUAUUAUAAUUUCUACAACUAAAAUCCAACCAAUCUGUAUACUAAAAUACCCUGUUAAUGUAAAUGCAGCCUUAUAUAAUUAUAAGGCUGCUAAGUUAUAUUUAAUAUUUUUCCAUAUUGUACAUACUAUGUAUUGAUAUGCAUAUUUUUUACAUAGCUGUUAGCAGGUACUUGUAUAUAUUAAAUUAUUUUUUGUAAUGUACAUA